GUAUUUAUAUCAUUUCGCAUACCAGACAUCCACAUCAAUAAAUACACAAUACCGCCAAACAUUGUGAAAUUCAGAGUCGGCAAAAUUAUUUCUCAGUCAGCAAUUUAAACUCAUAUCGCGAGGUUCUUUGAUUCAAAAAUAUUUACCAUGGGUAGUGAAAUCCCUAAAAUUGCUGGAGCAAUCGUUCUGCCGCAAAUCGGAGGAAUGAUAAGUGGUUACAUCACACGGAAGGAGAUCAAGACGUGGUACAGCACAUUAAAUUUCCCGUCCUUCCGUCCACCGAACUGGAUAUUCGGCCCAGUUUGGACGUCUCUUUACGCGGGUAUGGGAUAUGCUUCCUAUCUGGUCUGGAGAGACGGAGGCGGCUUCGGGGGAGUUGCACAGGGACCAUUGGUACUGUACGGAACACAGCUUGUGUUGAACUGGGCAUGGACACCAAUUUUCUUCAAGAAACAUGAACUUAAAUGGAGUUGGGUGGAGCUAUCAGCGUUGACCGCCGCAGUCGCUGCAACGGGAUUUGCCUUUUUCAACGUGAACAAGAUAGCCGGCUAUCUUUUCAUUCCGUAUCUUGCAUGGUGCUCAUUUGCAACGGUGCUUAAUUAUAAAAUUUAUGAAUUGAAUCAGCCGGGCGACAAGCCGUCGGCGACCAUCGAAGAAGUGAAGGAAGACAAGGACAAAUAAAGAAAGCAAUCAAGCCUUAUCCGCCUUAUCACACCAACAACCAAACGGCGAAACUAAUUUAUGUGGUAUUUGGUAUUACGUCAACUUAUUUGCAUUUGCAGCAUAGCACAGACACACAGAUUUGUAAAAGAAUAAAUAUUUACACGAAUUUAGAACAA